GUCUUCAGUUUUCUGGGAACCACAUUAAAAAAGUGAAAUUAAUUUCAUGAUAUACUGUAUUUAAUCCAGUAUUUAAUCCAGUAUAUCUAAACUAGUUCAACAUUUAAUUAUAUUUAAAAAUAUCCAGAUAUUUUAUAUUUCUUUGCACACUGAGUUUUAAAAAAUCUGUAUAUCCACCAGUGGUACAUCUCAAUUCAGAUGCUAAAUUUUCAUCAGGAAUACUUGGUCUAUAUUUAUAUUUCUUAGAAAAUACAGUGAAAAGGUAGAUUCACACACCCAAAUUCCAUACACAAACAUUUCUUUUUUUUUUUUUUUAAUUUUAUUUAUUUAUUUGACAGAGAGAGAUCACAAGUAGACGGAGAGGCAGGCAGAGAGAGAGAGAGAGGGAAGCAGGCUCCCUGCUGAGCAGAGAGCCCGAUGCGGGACUCGAUUCCAGGACCCUGAGAUCAUGACCUGAGCUGAAGGCAGCGGCUUAACCCACUGAGCCACCCAGGCGCCCAUACACAAACAUUUCUAAGUUUGCCAGUAACUGUAUCAAAUAUCAGUUCUUUUUUUAAAUUUUUUAUUAACAUAUAACAUAUUAUUAGCCCCAGGGGUACAGGCAAAUAUCAGUUCUUAAUACAAUUUUACUUCCUUAGUCAUACUAACCACAUUUCAGGUACUCAGAAGACAUGACACCACUGCAUAGCAUGACUUUGCAUGAUCUGUUUUUUAUAUGCUUUAUGGUCUGACUACACGUAAUCCUCCCAUUAGUGACUAAAGGACUGAUAAACAUUUCUUCCAGGCAUGCAUUAAGCACUGAAGCUAUUCUUACUGCAGUGUUUAACUCGGAGGCAAGGAGUCAUGCUUCUGUCAGAAAACACGACCACACCUUACUCAUAUCUUUGUAAAGCUAAGCGAAAUGUUUUGGAUCAGAAAUUGCUUUGAAUUACUUGUUUUCACUGUAAUCUUUCCUCUAGGCCUUUGUGUGUUUUGAUACAGUCCCUUUGAAUUGGCUAAAUAAAUCAUUUUGUUCGCUUGCAAAAUUCCCGAAGGAGAAACUUUAAAUCCAUAUACAUGAGAUUCCUGCUAUGUUUAGCCAUACAUUUGCCAAAGACUUGUGGGAUCGUUUAUUUCCUCUUAAAGCCACAGUGCAGCCUGCAGGAUGGUUUUCAGCUAACCUUGUUGUGACAUCGAGAGGAGGCAGUAGAAUUUAGAAUUUGUAACAGGGGUCGGUACUGGUCUUUACAGUUAAUACAACAUAGAGGAGCCACGCCAUAUGUGUUUCGUUUCUUUUUCAGCCAGUGAAUUGAACUAAGUCAGUUAUAUGUCAGGCAGUUUGUGUAAAAAGCUAUAUGGCUAAGGUUUUAAUUCAUAGACCACAAGCAGAUCUUCCACCCCCAGGGCUCUGACUAUAAAAGGUACAGUGGAACCUUUCUGCUUUCCAUUCUUGCAGCACCCCAGGGUUCCUUCUAGAGGUACUCAGUUUGUAUGACUGUACCUGGAACCAUUUCUGGAAUCCGGUUAUCUCCAAGGCCCUUCCCAAAGUAACCCACUAACGUGGGUUCAUCUGAUGUUGUCUCUGGGAAGAAAAAGGAGGAGGGACAUCCCUUUGCCUUCCUGUGUGGAGGAGUCUUAUUCUUCCUGGAUAGGACCUGCUGGCUCAAUGACCUAUAAAGGCCGUUUCAUCACUUCCAUUCUGUCUGUCUCCAAGUCUUCACCCUAGGUAAGAGCUGUCCCUUUUGUUUUCCUCUCAAGGGGCUCUGACUUUCUACAGCUGCAGGUCCAUCUGGUCUGAGAUGGACAGUAUUACCUAGCAGGAUGCAUACUGUACCAACAUGACUGACAUCAAGAGCAACCGAGAAUUGUACCAGCAGUACACAGCCUUGGCUCCCAGGCUGCUGGCCCGCAUCUCCAGACUGCUCAUCAGUUGCCGGAACGCAGGCAUUUCUGUACCUAAGGGCAUCAGGAACAUCUUUGAGUUCACUUGGGAAGAACUCACUGCUGACCCCAUGUUGCCUACCCCAUCCAACAUCGUGGGCCUAGAGAUCAGCAUUGGACCCCCACCCGUGGUGCUCAUGGAAUUAACCCCUGCACAGGCCCCUGUCCAGAAGAAGCCACCACCACCACCACCAUCAGUACCACCACAGCAAUUGCUGCCCACAUCCACUGGGUCAGCCAAGUUCACCCAGUCUCCCACCCGUGGCCAUCUAGCACACUCUAGCCAGGAGACCCUGCACAGAUUCCAGCAGCAGUCCAUCCACCUGCUGACAGAGCUGCUCACCCUGAAGAUGAAGGCCAUGGUGGAGUCUGUGUCUGUAGGUGCCAAUCCCCUGGAUAUCACAAGGCGCUUUGUGGAGGCCAGCCAGCUCCUCCACCUCAAUGCCAAGGAGAUGGCUUUUGACUAUCUGAUCGGCACAAUGGGAAGAAGUAGCCGGAGUAUUGGACAGAUGGGGAAAGAUUCCUUCAUGAACACUCCAGCCAUGGGAGUGAACACGCCUUACCAGCUUGUCUAUGAGUCCUCCACUGGCUGUCUGAGCUUUUCCCUCUCAACUGGAAGGGAAGUCAAGAAGAAAACAGACACUGGAGUAACAGGUAAAUCAAAAAACUUAGAAGACAUAACCGUGUUGUCCUUUCAACGAGGAGCUGGAAUGUCUGCCUCUGACAGCGUGGAGUUCAGUGACCCCUGCCCUGAGGUCCGGGAGAAGCUGCAGGAGAUGUGUCGCCAUAUAGAAGCGGAAAGGGCCUCGUGGAAAGGGAGGACUUUCUUCUGUCCCCUGAUCUUUCGCAACUACAGGGCAAAGGUGCCCCCUCAUCUAAUGUCAGCCCCGAAAGGGGAUGCUCAGACCCCGAGCUCCCACCACCCUCACCCUUCAGGUGCUCAGACCUCCGCUUCCACCCUUCACCAGCCUCCCACCUACCACCACCCUCACUUUGUCCGGCAUUCUCAGGAGUGGAAGGUAUCCAAGAAGAUCAUCAAGUUCCAUUACGCCUUCUAUGAUGGGUCCUCCUUUGUGUACUAUCCCUCUGGAAACAUCGCCAUGUGUCAGAUCCCCACAUGCUGCAAAGGAAGAACCAUCACCUGCCUCUUUAAUGAUACGCCUAGCUUCUUUCUGGCUCUGCUCAAUGCUGAAGGACAGGGCUGUGUUCAGUACAACAUGAAGGCCCGUUGCCCAUACGUCUUGGUCUUGGAUGAGGAAGGUGGGACUGCCAAUGACUACAAAGGCUACGUAGUUCACAAAUGGAGCUGGACUUCUAAGACAGAGACUUUGCUUUCCCUGGAAUAUAAGGUGAAUGAGCAAAUGAAGCUGACGGUGCUAAGCCAGGACUCCAUCACGGUCACCUUCACCUCCCUAAAUGAAAGAAUAACACUCUCCGUAUCAGCCAACAACUGUCCCCAUGGGGUAGCACAUGAAAAACGGCUGCUGACCCGCAUGGAUGACAAAAUAUUUAAGAUGAACCGAGCUCUGGCAGAGAUCAAGAAGCGGUUUCAAAAGACAGUGUCACAGUUUAUGAAUUCUGUCUUGCUAGCAGCAGGGCUGUUCACCAUAGAAUACCCGGUUAAGGAAGAGACAGAAAUCAGUCGAGCCAAGGUAAAAUCGAGUCCCUAUCUUGAGCGGAGCAUCAAGCCAAUUUCAUACCCAGGAGAAGCUUUAUUACGAUCUCAGUCAGCCCGACCUGAAUCCUCAACUGGAGAGUCUUUGAGGGAAGAGCAUGGGUCUGCUUCUAUAAGCCCCACUCGGAGGAAGAGCAUCAGGAUCCACGCCAAAGCCGUGGUCACACCCAGAGGAAAGGCUGGAGAGAUGCGCAGCCCCACCAGGUGGGCAGCCUCACCCUCUGACUGCCCACUGGUGCUGCGGAAGCUCAUUCGCAAGGAAGACAUUCGGGCUGGCUGCAGGUGCCUGGUGAAGGCACCGCUGGUCACCGACGUGGAGCUAGAGCGCUUCCUGUCUGCACCCCGUGACCCCGGCCAGGUCCUGGUUUUCGGGAUAGUCUCAAGCCAGAACCCCACCAGCACCGCACAGCUCCAGUGGCUGCUUGACACACUCUAUAGUCACCGACAGCAGGGCCGUGCUUCGCCCUGCAUCCAGUGUCGGCAUGACCCCUACCGCCUGCUGCGGUAUGACCUGGACAGCUCCCUCCAGAAGGACCCACCCCUGCUGGUGAAGAAGUAUGCUGUGUUGCCGGGGAUGAUUCUGAUGUUCGCCGGGGGGAAGCUCCUUUUUGGUGGCUGUGUUUUGAAUGGAUAUGGCUUCAGUAGGCAGAAUCUGCUGAAACAGAUCUUCCAGGCUCGACGAGACUGCAAGAUGGGCUACUUCCUGCCAGACAACUACAAGUUUAGCGUUCCAACCUCCACCCCGGUCCCGGAAGACCCUGACUCAGCCAAGAAAGCAAUGUCGGAAGAUAUCCAACAAAGCUUCUCCUCGUUGGCCAUGGGGGACAAGGUGGAGGAGUCCCCUCCUGAAGCCGAGAAGAAAAUGAAAUCGCCUGAAGUGGAUUUGCCUGUUGUCAGCAAAGUCAGGAGGGGCAGUAAGAAGGUGGUCCCCUGGAAAAAACAGGCCUCUAAGAGGUGACGCUGUCCCUGUGGCUACCCAGAGCUCCAGGCCUGGACACAGCUCCUUUCAUGUCCACCCAGCCCUGCCUCCCAAAUCCCCUACCCGCUUUCUCUGAGCCUCUGCAUAAUAAAUGAGCAUGUCUCCAGCAUCUGGGUGAGGCCAUGGGAUAGGCUGGCUCCUACAAGGCCCCCACAGCCCUGUUCUAGGCUGAAUUCAUGGAAACUUGAUUUCUCUGACCCAGAGCUGCCUCUGUAACCAGUUAAAUCAGCCAGAAAAUCCCACAUUCCCAAGGAAACAGAUGUCUCACUGCAAGGGGGCCGAGCCAAAGGGUAUAUUAACUCUGAGGAGGUCGUGGAUGGCAUUAAAGUGUGCCCUCCUACCCUUAACAGGGUGGAAAAGGGCUCUGCUUCUGGCCCAGGUGGGUAAGAGUGGAUGAGAGAGAAGAGGGAGGAAAGAGACGGAGACAGAGACGGAGAGGAAGAACAGAUGGAAGAAAAGACAGAAGGAGAGAUAAGAGAGCCACUGAGAAGUGGGCAGGGCAAGGACUGAGGGAGAAGGAAACUAGGGAAGAGGGAGAAUAAGGGAAAGGGGCACAGAAUGGGAUGGAAAAGAUGGUGAGAGACCACGACUGGGGACCCUUUGGUGGUAUCCCAAAAGCCAGAAUUCCUGCGGCACCCCCGUGUGUUAAUGUCCCCAUGUAGCCCAGCCUCAGUACUCUUUGGUGGAUUAGACACCCCUUCUCAAGCUGACAGGCCUGAAGAGUCCUUACCAGCAUCAGGAGCCCUGAGAUGGCAGCCCCCUCUGCACCUCUCAGGUGUUGACUACCCCCCGGUGGUAGUCACCAGCUCUGGGUCUGUUUGUCUGAGGCUCCCGAGAGCUACUUGCCAGAGCAGGGCCUGGACCCCAGAGGGUCUGCCUGGUUCUCCAGACUUUGAAAAGAGUUCAGGUCCUGAUCUGUGGGCUGUGUUUGGUGAUGAGCUCUAUACUUAACUACUUGUGCUCCUUUGGAAUAGAUGUUUUUCUCAUCUGAAUUUUUUGAGGUUUAAUUUUUAUCCUUUGUAUCAUUCAAAGGCUUGUUUUGAAUUAUACAUGUAUUCCCCUAAAAAUGGAUUUGAAAUGACAUGCUAUGUUCUUAAGCCUGCAUCUCUUGAU